UACGUCAUUAGCGCGAGACAGUAUUCACCAAACAACACACAGCAGUGACUUCCGCGAUCGAUGUUGGCGAAAACAAACCGGAGAACCGACAUAGCCGAGAAAUAUAACUCGUCCUUGUUAAACUCCCGGCCAGGUAUGGUAUGGAGAGCCCGAAUAGGGUGAAUGAAUUCUGGGGACAGAGCGAGACAAAAAGGACCAGCGCGUGCAGGAGGACAAACCUGCGGACAGGUGUCUGACGGAACUGGCCGGAGUCCGCUGGACAGGUUACGCUUUUUAAUCCGAACCCUCUGCCAGCUCCCGGUGACUUUGCUCCGAGCUCUGCUCCUGCUCCUUUUUUGGCUGCUCCGGCCGCUCCGCCGAACCAUGGCGGCCAGGACCAAAGAUCGCGGUUCCGAGUGCAGUGAGGAAACGGGAGAGGUGAUCCGAAACUACCACAAACAAGCGUUUGAGUUCAUUUCCUUGGCUCUGCAGAUCGAUGAGGAUGACAAAGGUGAUAAGGAUCAGGCGGUGCAGUGGUACAGAAAAGGCAUCGCUGAGCUGGAGAAGGGCAUCCGUAUUCAGGUCACUGGAGCCGGUGAGAAGGCAGAAAGAGCCAGAAAGCUUCAGGACAAAAUGACCAACAACCUCACCAUGGCCAGAGACCGGCUAGAGCUUCUGGGCAAACUGCUUUCAAAGUCCCCAGCAGAGGGCUGCUCUGAUCACACUGGCUUGUCUUUCUCCAAUGGAAACCUGCGCCCAGUUGCAGGCAGCGGAGCUGUUUCCAAAAAGAGGGACACUCUCACAAUCUCAAGUCAGUCCCAUCAGCGACCCAAAAACCAAUCCAAAUCUGCCCCUGCAACUUCCCUGCACCGCACAGCUUCAGCCGGUCACAGCAGCAGGACCGGCCCUCAGAACCUGAAGGGGCCCUCAGCAAGAGGAGGUAACAGAAAUAACGCUAAAGCCAGCAACACUGCUGCUGCAUCGCCUCAGAGAAAAAGAGACAUGAAGAACUUUAAAAACGUGGACAGCAAACUGGCCAACCUCAUUCUCAAUGAGAUUGUAGACAGCGGAGCUGUGGUGCAGUUUGAUGACAUAGCAGGGCAGGACUUGGCAAAACAGGCACUGCAGGAAAUCGUUAUCCUCCCUGCUCUUCGUCCAGAGCUGUUUACUGGUCUCAGGACUCCUGCUAGAGGCCUACUGCUCUUCGGCCCUCCUGGAAAUGGAAAGACCAUGCUGGCAAAAGCAGUUGCAAUGGAAUCUAACGCUACAUUUUUCAACAUCAGCGCUGCCAGUCUCACCUCCAAAUAUGUGGGAGAGGGUGAGAAACUGGUUCGAGCUUUGUUUGCGGUUGCUAGGGAACUGCAGCCGUCAAUCAUCUUCAUAGAUGAGAUUGACAGUCUGCUGUGUGAGAGGAGAGAGGGCGAGCAUGACGCCAGCAGAAGACUCAAAACAGAGUUCCUCAUCGAGUUUGAUGGAGUGCAGUCAGGAGGAGAUGACCGUGUGUUAGUGAUGGGAGCCACUAACAGGCCUCAGGAGCUCGAUGAGGCUGUUCUUAGGCGAUUUGCUAAACGCAUUUAUGUGGCUUUACCUACAGAGGAGACUCGUCUGAAGCUGCUCAAGAACCUCCUCAGCAAACACAAAAACACUUUAUCUCAGAAAGAGCUGAGUCAGUUAGCCAGGAUGACAGAGGGUUACUCCGGCAGUGAUCUGACCUCACUGGCUAAAGACGCUGCUCUUGGACCUAUCCGAGAACUGAGGCCUGAACAAGUGAAGAGCAUGCCAGCCAAUGAGAUGCGGGACAUCCGUUUCUCUGAUUUUGUUGAUUCGCUGAAGAGGAUAAAGCGGAGCGUCAGUCCUCAAACGCUGGAUCAGUACGUGCGCUGGAACAGAGAUUAUGGAGACACAACCGUAUGACAUCGACACACUGUGGAAAGAGGAAGUCAAAUGUUUUUUACUGAAGACGUGGAAUAAAAAAAUCUUGAGAGGGAAUUUCUGUUAUUUAGUCUUUUCUAUGACUUUGUUUUUGCCGUCUUGGGAGCUCAGGUUGAGAUUUGCUUUGACUGAAUUGACAAUGGCUCUUCUAAAGAUUUUUCUACAAAAACAAAAAACAUUUUGCUUGAAUUCUUCCAAAUGAUUGAUGUGUGAAUGAUUAAGCACUUAACGUCUGUGGUGUUUGUGUGUUCUCAGAUGCAGAUGCAUUUGUUUCUCUUAUUUAGUUGCUUGAUGUGUUUUUGCUUCAUGUAUCUCAAAUGGCGAUGCUGGGAAACGAUGCGUGCUGCAGUCAAUCAAAUAACACUUGAGGACACUGAUGAUAAGUGAAGGAUUAAAGAAUGUACUGAUUAGAAACCAUUUGCAUUUGUAUUGACCAGCACUCCAUGUUUUUUCCAUUUGCAGGCACUAGGGGGCAUCAGUUUAGACUGUAUAUGAAUGUCUUCCUAAAUGUUUUCUGCUAGAACUAAAGUCAUGAUAUUGUUUCAUGUACAAGUUUUUCCAAGUCUGCUGUGUCUUUUAAUAAUUUUGAGUUUGAAAAUGUUUGCGGUGAACAACUGGAAUGCUUAACAGAAAAAAAGAUUGUACUGUGUUGUUUUAAAUUGAAAACAGCUUAAAUAUUUGAAAUUAUGCCUCGUAUUUAUAAAAUAUACUUUUAUAAUCGAAAUAUAAUUUAGACGUUAAUAAUGUCAGUCUAAGAAUGCGAUAUAUCAUCAUUAAUGGCAAAUUUUUAAAUGUUUGCAAUGAGCCACAGUGAAAAAGUUGUAUUAAUUUGUCAAGUACAUGAUAAAAACACUUUAAAAAUAUUUAAAAUUAUUAUAAAAAUAAAAUAUAUUUUAUUGUGAGCCACAAAGAA